CUGUCUUGCAUUACGAUGUCCCUCAAGAACGCGCCCGGAUUCUACAACCCCGCAGUGCACACCUACCAGGGAGCCAGCAGCAAGACUUUCACGCCUCCUGGAUUAGACACGUCCCUGACGAUCCCGGAACUCUUCGAGUUCCACGCGAAGCACAGCGCGGAGCAUCCCGUCUUCGUUUACGCCGACGACGACCAAAAGGAGCAUGUCAUCCACUUCCGAGAGGUAUGGCGCGCCAUCCGGAAGUCCGCAACGCUUUCGUCCGCACAUUACAACCAGCUGGCGAAGUACUAUGAGGAGGCGCAAGUGGGCAAGAGCGAGGAUGAUCCCCCUGUCAUCGGUAUCCUCGCGACAGCAGACUCAAUAACAUUCUACACCCUGAAAGUCGGUCUCAUGUAUCUCGGCCUUACGCCCUUCCCGAUCUCGACACGUAACUCGGCGAUCGCGGUCGCGCACCUUGUCUCUAAGACCGGCGUCAAGCAGAUGUACGUGAGCGCGGACCCCGCAAUGCAGCGCCUCGCGCAAGAAGCCAAUGAGAUUCUCGCGAAGGAUGGAAACGAGUUCGAGCCGCUUCCCAUGCCCACGUUCGAGGAUCUCUAUGGCCCGGGCGGGGACGAGAACCUGCUGCCCAUGGGAAAGGUCAGUCCGACGAAGACGUGUGUCAUUCUGCAUUCGUCUGGCUCUACGGCGUUCCCGAAGCCGAUCAAGUUCCUGGACAAGAACUUCAGGAAGUGGGGGACGUUCGUAUAUUUCGGAGAGUUCGACUUCUGUGGGGUGCGCGUCGGCGGCCAGGCGAACCCUAUGUUCCACGUAAUGGGUUCGCUCAUGAUGACUUGGUCGAUAUACGCUGGUGUCAUCUGGACGAUGUUCAAGCCGUCCACCCCACCCGUGGUGCCGACUCCAGAGUUGUAUUUGCAGUCUGCCAUCUCAACUCACACUGAGAUUGUGUACUGCGUCCCGGCAUUCAUCGAGGCAUGGGCGCGGGAUCCAGAGAACAUGCCCAGAAUCAAGACACUCCGGGCGAUGAUCUAUGCCGGCGCGCCGAUGAACAAGCAGAUCGGCGAUCGCCUCGCGUCCGAGGACAUCGCGCUCAUUCCGUUCUAUGGCUCCACCGAGAUCGGCGCCGUUGUGCGCCUGAUCCCGAACCCGAAGACGAUGUACAAGACAGAUUGGGACUAUUUCCAGAUUUCCCCGCACAUAGACAUUCGCUUGAUCCCUCAAGAGGAGCAGCCAGGAAUUUUUGAACCUGUGGCAUUUGACUCGCCAACCUUCACGCCAAAUGUCUUCAACUCGGUCAUCGAUGGCCGCCCGGCGUACUCGACAAGCGACCUUGUCCAGCAGCAUCCGACCAAGCAUAAUCUCUUCCGGGUGUUCGGUCGUGCCGACGACCAACUGAUGCUAUCGACUGGUGAGAAGACGAACCCAGCACCACUAGAGGCGAUCUUGGUCCAGGACCCUCAUGUCCAUGCAUGCCUUAUGUUUGGACGGGGACGUUUCCAGAACGGCAUCCUCAUCCAGCCCAAGGACACUUUCGAUCCCAGUGACGAGGCGAAACUCGAAGAGUACAGAAACAAGAUAUGGCCUUCGAUCGAGAAGAUGAACGCCUUUGCUCCCUCUCAUUCCCGCGUGUUCAAAGAGAUGAUCAUGGUGACGAAGCCGGACAAGCCCUUGGAGUACACUGCUAAGGGCACCCCUCGCCGGCAGGUCUGCCUCGCAGCGUAUGCCGAUGAGAUCGACGCCUUGUACAAGCGGGUCGAGGAAUCCUCGCAGAUCGACCUCCCCCCUCCGCGCAACUGGACUCCCGCGUCCAUCCACGAGUUCGUCGGGGACAUCGUGAAGAAGGUCAUGAAGAACGCGAGCAUCCAGGCGGACGACGACCUCUUCCUCCAGGGCUGCGACAGCCUGCAGGCGACGUGGAUCCGGAACACGCUCAUCCACGCGCUCCGCUCCUCCUCGAGCGUGAACACGCACGACAUCCCGUCCGGCUUCGUCUACGCGCACCCGAGCAUCAGCGCGCUCUCUGCAUACCUUGCCAGCUUGUUCUCGGGCAAGACUGUCGACAAGGACGUGGACCGCGCUGCGGGCAUCGAGCGCAUGGUCGCGCUGCUCGACAAGUACAGUGCUGGGCUUGAGCGGCGUUUCCCCGAGAAGGCGGUCAACGGACACGCUAACGGCCACGCCAAUGGCCAUGCGAACGGUGUUACUGAGGUCCUCCUUGUUACGGGCACCACGGGCCGUCUCGGCUCGCAUCUCCUCGCGCAACUCCUGCAGCGUCCGGACGUCGCUCGCGUGUACGCUCUGAACCGCGACCCGUCGGGAUCUGUGGACAACCUCAAGAAGCGGUCGCGGGAAGCGUUCAAGCAGUGGAGCUUGGACGAAUCGCUGCUCCAGGACGGGAAGGUGUCCUUCCAUGCCGUCGACCUUGCGAAAUCGAACUUUGGAUUGAGCCAGGCGUUGUACGACGAGAUGCGCACUAGCGUUACACAGAUCAUCCACAACGCAUGGCGAGUGGACUUCAACGUUUCGCUGCCCUCGUUUGAGCCGCUCAUCGCCGGCGCGCGGAACCUCCUCGACCUCGCGCUCAACUCCUCCCAGCCCGGUGGACCGCGCACCCUCUUCGUCAGCUCAAUAUCCUCUCUACGCAACCACACUGGCCCAGUCCCAGCCGAGGAGACAAUCGAGGUCGGCCCUGAGCUUGCCCAUGGCUCCGGCUACAGCGAGAGUAAGUGGGUGACCGAGCAGCUCUUCCGGCGUGCCGCAGAGCGGACGGGCCUCCGCACCGUAGCGGUGCGUGUCGGCCAAGUGAGCGGAGACCAGCAGACGGGCGGGUGGAACACGACCGAGUGGGUCGCCGCGCUCACCCGCGUCAGCAAGCGCCUCGGGUGCAUCCCCUCGAAGGACGAGAGCAUCACCUGGGUUGCGGUCGACGUCGUCGCCGCCGCCCUGCAAGAGAUGGUCGCCAGCCCCGAGCGCGCCCUGCACGUCGUCUCGCCGCACCCCGUGCCCUGGAACACCGUCUUCCACCCGAUCGCGGAGUACCUCGGCGUCCCCGUCGUCCCCUACGCCGAGUGGGUCGCGCGCCUCGAGCAGUCAGCGGCGGCGGCGAGCGCGCGGGCCGGGGUCGAGCAGCACGACGCGGCACACAACCUCGUCGGAUUCUUCAAGAGCGAGGGCAUGGGCGGGGCGGAGGUCGCGCUGAGCACGGACAAGGCUGUCAAGGCGUCGAGGGCGCUCGCUCGGGUGCGUCCGAUCGGACGUGAGGACGCGCUGCGGUACGUGCAGUACUGGGAGAAGGUCGGGCACCUGAACGUCUAAGCUGGGCGGGUGAGAGGAUCUCUAGAUGUUAGAUGUGGGUCUGUGUUGGCAUUGGGGGCGGGGACCAGAUGCGAGUAGCAGUACCAUCAUAGACUGUACCAUACGUUACGUUCACCUGUGUAGAUGAUCACUACCGGAUAGAAACAAUUUUCACAUGAG